AUGACGGUUUUCCUUGGAAAUCUUGCUCCAGAUACGCCUGGAUUAUGGGUUAAUUGUGUCUCUAGAUAUAAAGUUACCAUUGCUUUGGCCGAUUAUCCAGGUCUUCAACCCGUCGUUUCGUCUUUCAAGAAUGAUCCAGCAGAUUCGUCCUUAUCCCAAUACGGGGGAAUGAUUUUGUGUUUCGGAGAUCUAAUUGGUGUGGAAGGCUUAGACGAGCGUUUGCGAGGCCAAAGACAUACCCGAGAAAUUUUGCUUGAUCGCGAAGCAUUAAGAAACAACAAUGUUGUAGUGGUCGCUUCAGAAGAUGCCGUUCUUGCGAAAAGGAAUGAGCAUUUGGUUUUGUCAUGCAAGAAGCCAUUCGAUCAACAAUUUUUGAGAUCUGGUCUUCUGGAGACACUCAUUGAAAGGCUGCUGGUUGGAUUUGGCCUUUACGAGGAUCGUAUUGGACAGCUUGCCAAUGGAUCUUGUCCGGCUACUGAAUGUGGUUAUGUGAACGAUGAGCAUCUUUCUGUACUGAUUGCUGAAUCAUCACUGGAGAGAGGAGCACUACCCGCUCUUGCUGAUCAAAUAAUAAACAAUUUGUACGUGCAUCAGGGGCUCGGUUAUAUUGUACUGCAAGAAGACGUUCAUGGCUUUAUUAAGGACUUUAACAUCAAUUGGGUUUUGGUUAAUAAUGAUAGCGAAAAUUUACUGAAAAGUAAAAAUAUCCAAGCGUGUCUGAAGAAUACAGCAAGAAAUGGUGUAAAACUACCUCCGCCGGUCAAGGUUCCCAAAUUGACAAAGACUUUGAGAGAGGUUAAUCUAGCGAUACGAUCCGAAUGGUGCAUGUGUUAUCUCUCAGAUGAUAUGAGGAUAUCUCGAGUUGGUCUUGGCCAUGAUACGUUAAUGUCGCUAUGUCAAAUCCAGAAACAGACAUGA